UCUAGGGAUUUUAGACUUUAUUACCAAUUAUAAUGGAUUCCUUUCCUUUCGUACAAUAGAAUUGUAACGCAACAACGGUCUUCUUUAACUCAUCAAUGUAUAGUUGAAGUAAUAUUUUUUUUUUAUCGUACAAUGUCAGGAUACCUCGCACCGGUAGAAUUUUUGAAGAGAAAACAUGCCAAAUAUUUAAUAAAACUUCUACAAACAUUACCCAGUGAUUUGUCAGAGUAUGAUUUUUCUAGGCUUACCAUAGCAUUCUUUGCUAUAUCAGGUUUAGAUCUAUUGAACUGCUUACAUGAUCUUAGCAAGCAAACAAAAUUAGAAGCAAUAGAAUGGAUCUACAGGGUUCAAGUUACCGGAGCUGGACCACGUUCUGGUUUCCAACCAUCUACUACGAUACCAAAGGAUGCUCCUGAAUUCCGGUGUGGUCAUUUAACAAUGACAUACGUUGCUCUGUCUACCCUCUUAAUCCUUGAAGAUGACCUAGCCAGAGUAGAUAAAAAAUCCAUUAUCGAAGGAGUAAAAGCUUGUCAAAAUUUAGAUGGUUCGUUCAAAGCUAUCAUAACUGGAAGUGAAAGUGAUAUGAGAUUUCUUUAUUGUGCCUGUUGUAUAUCUGUGAUCUUAAAUGACUGGUCAGGCAUUGAUAAAGCAAAAGCCAUUGAUUAUAUAUUAAAGAGCAUCUCGUACGACGGAGCAAUCGGUCAAGGACCUGGUUUAGAAUCUCAUGGGGGAUCAACAUUUUGUGCCGUAGCCAGUCUAUUCCUCAUGAACGAGCUUCAUAAUGUUCUGACAAACGAUCAAUUAAAUAGAUUAACAAAAUGGUGUAUUAUGAGACAAGAUCUUGGCUUUCAUGGACGACCUGGAAAACCAUCCGAUUCUUGUUAUAGCUUCUGGCUGGGGGCAACGCUACAAAUGCUCGAUGCUUACAAAUUUUCAGAUCGUGAAGAUAAUAGAACAUUCCUUCUUAACUGUCAGUGUGACAGGUUUGGUGGGUUUGCGAAAAAUGUUCAAUGCGAAGUUGAUCCUCUGCAUACAUAUUUAUGUUUAUGCAGUUUAAGCCUUUUGGGAGAGACUGAUUUAUGUACACUACAUGCUGCUCUUAAUAUUUCCGAUAGAGCGUACACACGCCUUCUUACGAAAUAAAUUAAACACUUAAAUACCAUAUAACGCGCACAGAGUAAAGGCAACAAAUUGUGGAAAAAAUACAGUUUUGAAUUUUAUCAUCAAUACUGUUUGUACAGUUCUCACAGACUGUGUGCUGAUAUGAGAAUCAUCAUUCUAAAAAUGUCAAUUAACCGAUCAGCGUGAAAGCAAUUAAACGCCAGGCUUAGCUGAGCUGCGGAAGAAUUUCCUUAUGGAACAAGAGUAACCGCACGCUAAUUUAUUCAAAAUAGGAUAACUUUGUUAAUAAUUUAUGCAUUUUGUUCAAAGCUUCAACAAAAUAGUCUGUAAAUGUUAGGAUUUUAAAUAAUAUGUUUCAAUUUACUUUGAAAGUCAAGCUGUGUGUGGAAGAUCUUGAAACAAUCCUCAACACAUAAUCCUAUUUCAUAGUUCCAAUGCCAAAACACUAUUUGCUUGCUUUUCUUUCAUUAGUAGAAAUCAUUUUAAAUAAUAUUUUUAAUCAUUUUAAACAAUACAAUUAUUUGUUGCUACGAUUGCGAUUUAUACAAAACAAAAGAAAAUAUGUUUCAUUACCUUUGGUAAAACAAAAUUAUUUUUAAAAGUAUAAUUAUGACAAAUAGUACCCAUUAUUCUACGCUGACCGGUUAACGAGAAUGUAUAUUAUAAUUUUUGGGCAUAUUAUUCAUUUUGUAUCUUAAACCAAGGUAAUUGUUAAAGUUAUAUGAAGCAAAAGACAGAUGUGAGAAAAAAACAAUAACAGUGACAACAUAUCAGUGUUGAGCUAAAUGUAAUCUGUUUAAUUAUUAUGACUAACGAAUAAUAGAAGUAAUAAAACUAAAUGUGAUCAUCGAAUAUGAUUAUUUCAAAAUGAUUACAUUUUCUAUUGCGAUUUAAUCAAUAAAUCAUUAACGACAUUCAAAGUUUUUUUUAAUUAAUUAUUAAAUGGAAACUUUUAUAAAUUAUAAAACGGAUAUGACAUUACAAUUUGCAUUAUGUACGACUCUUAUUUCGAAUAUUUUAUGUAAUUAAUAUAAACAAUAUAAUAUAUAUUAUUUCUUUA